AUGAGGAUUUUUCUCUGGCCGGCUAUAGUGCUUGCUGCUCUACAACUUGAUCUUUCGUUAAACAAUGGGAAUACCGGACACGACAGGGUUAUUGAUAUUGUCAAGAGAGACGAGCCAGCAAUGAGGAUAGACAAUGGCCCAGUAUAUUUAACCACCAACAUCAGUGUCAACGGCACAGACUUUGGAGUUAUUAUCGACACAAGAUUCCGUGAUACUUGGGUGCCUAGUGGAAAAUGCCAAGCACAAGACGAUUCCUAUGAGGAACGAGCACUCUACUCGAUGCAGAAAGAAUACUAUAAAACAUUGACAAGGCCAUCCACAACACUAGAUAAUUAUGACAGCUUUAUUCCUCAAGGGUUUGCAACACCAACAAGUUAUUACACUACGAUGACCAUAAAUGGACAGUAUGUGGACGACUCAACGACCAUAACGUACACCGCCAGGGAAAUGUUAAGAAGCACCAGCGGUGAUGAUAUCUCUGUCUGUACAAAGCAUGGCGCAUAUCUUGAUGGUGGUGAGGAGCAAGACUCUUUUAUUCGAGAACUGAACGAUCGAGGCAAAGAAAGUGGAAGUUUCUUGUCGGCAGAUGUAACAGUUGCCGGUCAUGAGAUUGAAAAUCAUACUAUUGGAUUAAUUUUUUCUUCCAGCCUGGAAUAUGGAACUUUAGGUCUAGGCCUUGGCAGAGAGCUUACAUCAGAAUCUAACGUCCAGAACUCCAUCCUCCAAGGUUUCAAAGAAGAUGGCGUCAUUCAAAAAAUGGCGUACUCCUUGUCUUUGGGUGAUAACCAACUGUCAAUCCUAUUUGGAGCAGUUGACCAUUCCAAAUACACGGGGGAGCUUCAAAAGGUUCAGAUGCUCAACCGUUGGAAAAAGUACAACAUAUCUAAUGUUCCUCUUCGGUUUGAAGUUGCACUUGACUCACUCUCGGGAACAGACUUGUCAGCUGAUGAAAGGAUCAUAGUGGAGCUUGGAAACAGCCAAUAUGUGAACUACUUACCGGAACCCUACUUUUCCAAGAUGGGUAAGUUCCUCAAUGGUAAAUUGAAUAUCUUCAACUACUGGGACGUUUCAUGCGACCAUUUGAAGCUGGACGAGACCUUCACCUUCAGCUUUAGUGGCAAGAAAAUUAAAGCACCGGUGAAAGACUUUGUGAUAUCCUCAAAGUCUGGCGAUGUAUGUUUCCUAGCAGUUCAAGAAGAGUCUGUUACGCCAAGUUUGGGUUACAGUUUUCUCAAAAGUGCCUACACCGUGUACCAUUUAGAAGAGCUCGAAAUUGCAUUGGCCCAAGUAGAAACGGGAACGACCAGCAAGGAGAUUGAGGAGAUUGAAGAUGAGAUCCCCAAAGCAGUUCGUGCAAGUGGAUACAACAACACUUCUCUUGACUACCACAUGCUGAAGUACGAUGAAGGCUUUGUCUCUACGGUAGCUGAUAAUCCCAGAACUGUCUCUGUUACAACUACAGAAGACGAAAGCUCUGGAAGCCAUCGCCAGACUACCCAAUCAUCCGGAAUAGGUUCCCUGUCAAGCGGUGGCUCCCUUGGAGAAAUCUCAUCACUGACAAAGGAUUUAUCACCAUCUCAACCAAACAAGAACAACACUCCAAAGGACAACAACUUGAACAAGCACGCUGGACGUGGUGCCGUUCCUUUCAUGUGUACUAUCGUUUAG